AGUGAAAAAUACAAAAAUAACUAUUUAAAAGUGUAGUUUAUUGUAAAAAACUAUUGCAUAAGUAAAAUUUAGUGCCUAAGCAUUUUAGCAAAUAUUGUAAAUAAAUUCAAUUGAAAGAAUAAGCCGCUCACACCCCCUGUGGUGGGUAGACAGAGACAGCAAGAGACAGAAGCAAGUAAGCAACGAAGCGAGUGAACAGCGGAGCAGGCGGCAGAGGUCAUAUUAAAAAUAAGUAUUUUUGUGGCCCCCUACAACAACAAGAAAAAGAAGAAAAGAAGAAGCAGAUUAGCACGCAGACCAACGGAAUUAGUGCAACAAAAUUUGUGGCCCAGCAAGAAAAUGAUAUUGGAGAACUCGGAUAAGCUGAAGGAUUGGCUGAGCGUAGUGCUCGAGCCACUCUGCGAUGCAGACUCUUCGGCGUUGGCACGCUACGUCAUUGCGUUGUUAAAAAAAGACAAAUCGGAUAAGGAUCUCAAGCGCAUCAUGAUCGAGCAGUUGGAUGUGUUUCUAUCAGAUGAGACGACACGCUUUGUGGAGCGUUUAUUCGAAGCCAUUGCCAGUGAGGAAUAUCUAACGAUGCCAGCGCCUUUGCCAUCGUCUGCUUCAGUUAUGCCUGAAUUGGAGCUGGAGCAUGAUUUGGAUGGUGUAGCCGAGCUUGAGGCUGCGCUACUAUCCGCUUCCUCACCACCACCUCCACCACCCCCGCCAAAAGAUAUUGUGAUAAAGCUCGAUGGUGAUCAGCAGCAACAGAGCAGCAGCAGCGAUGCGUUAGCACAAUCCUCAUCCAUACAGGCCGUUGACGGCAGCAUUAGUACCUCCAAUGCCACGGAUCCCAACCAGACUGGGAUACAUGGCAACAAGACAGCCUUCGAUCACAAAACCAAAGACUCUCACAGCAGCAGCAGCGCUGGCGUCAAUAGCAAUCAGUCGCAGUUAACACAUCAUCAUCAUCAUCAGCCACAGCAUCACGGGAGUGUCGCUGUUGGGUUUGUGCGUAGCGUAAGUCCACGCAGCGGGGCAGUUGUUGUGCCACCCAAUGGUGGCGCUUAUGCUGCCGACAAGGAGAAUCAGCCACGCGACAGUCGUCGUCGACGAGCCUCGCUGCGUUCACGUUCACGCUCACGUUCCCGAUCCAAUGAGCGUUCGUUUAGACGUUCGCGCUCGCGUGAUCGUCGAAACAAUGAGCGCGAGAAGAGUCAGCGGCAGUUCCGCAACAAAUCGCCGCCAGGUGGACAUCGACGCAAUAACAACAAUGGUAGUUUUGAUAGGCGUCGCAUAGGCAAUGGCAACAACAGCAAUAACAACAACAACAGCAGCAGCAACAAUAACAGCAACAAUAGGCAACGCAGUCGGUCCAAAUCGCCAGACACACGCAACACGCGACGUGGGAUCAACAACAGCAACAACAACAACAAUGUGGAGUCAGCAAGCAGUUCCGCAGCAGCAGCAGCUGCAUCGGGUGCCGCGCCUGUGUCUGUAGCUGCUCCAGUUCAUCCAGUGGCAGCCAUGGCGCGUCAGCGUUGCCGAGACUUUGAUGAGAAAGGCUACUGCGUGCGCGGAGAGACCUGUCCCUGGGAUCAUGGCAUUAAUCCCGUGGUUUUCGAAGGCAUUAACAAUUCCACGCUGAUGAUGUCCAUGCGCGAGUAUAAUCCUGAUGCACCUGAGAUUUGGUCACGUGGCGCUGGCGCCGGAGUGCCUGCAGUGGCAGGCGCUGCUCAAGCGCAGCAGCCAGCAGGAACGCAGCCGCAGCCAGGACAGCAGGGCAGCAUUAACCCCUUUAGCGGCAAUGUACGCGCCUGUGCGCCUGUUGGUGUGCCACAUGCCUCAGACUAUGCGCCGCCAGUGCCGGCACCACCACCCAACAUGAUGCAGUUCCCCUUUAAUCCGACGGCAGUUACCACUCCGCUGCAGCGUCAGCUUAUACCCAUACCAGUGAUGGACGGUGGUGCAGCGGGCGAGAUGGGAAAGCGUCGCUUUGAGCUGGAGGACAGCGUGGCCAUUGCCGAUGUGCCCAGUAAGAUGCGCAAGUUACCAAUCAAUAGUCGCCUGGGACCGCGUGUUAAUCCCAAUAUGCAGCAGCACAAUAGCUCGCUGGAGCUGCGCAAGGUGCCGCGUGGCCUCAACACCAUAGCGCAUCUGAACAAUCAUUUUGCCAAGUUCGGCAAAAUAGUCAAUAUACAAGUGUCAUAUGAGGGUGAUCCCGAGGCGGCGAUUGUUACAUUCUCCACGCACGCCGAGGCUAAUGUGGCCUAUCGCAGCACCGAGGCGGUGCUAAACAACCGCUUCAUCAAAGUGUUCUGGCACAACGACAACAACAGCAGUGGAGCAGGAGCUGGUAACAUCGGCGGAAACAGCGAUGUGGGCAACUCCUUGAACCGCAAGAGUCAAUAUCAUUUGCAUAAUGUUCCUGCAGUACCCACGCCGAAUGCGGACAGCGCCAAGAUUAGCAACAGCCAGGCCACGCCUCUGGGCGAAGCAGGCAGCGCCAACAAUGCCUACACAACUCCAGCGGGCGAGCUGGCUAGCACGGCGGCGCCUGCAUCCAUGCGACUCAAGCUGAACACGAAUGCUGCCACAAACGGGCCCCGACCCAAUGCGGCGCCUAUGGCCAAUGCGGCCAGCUUGCGUAAGAAACAGGAGGAACAGCAAAAGGCCAUGCAUCAGCUUGCAAAUGGUCUGCGCAAACGCAAGCAAGAGCUGCUCCAGAGCUAUGUGAAGCAAAUGAAAACUGCACUAGAGCUGGUGGAGCGUAUGGAUCAGCAGGAUGUGCAGCGUGCACCCACACUGGAGACCAUCAAAGUACUUCAGGCGACCAUUGACAAGCUGCGUAAGGAUGUGCAUGCCGAUCAGGAUCUGGUGCAGGCGCAAAUACAGCAACAACAACAACAGCAGCAGCAACAGCAACAAGCAAUGCCUGUAAAAAAGUCCAAAGAGCAGCAGAAAAAGGAAUUGCUCGACAUGGAGCUGGAGCUCAUUGCGCAGCAGCAAGAGGGAAACGACACUACAGCCAUACAAAAGCGUCUGGAGGAACUUCAACGCACGCUUGCUAACUCAAACGCUGCUGGCGGCAAUGGUGCCUUAGCUGGCGGCAAGCUACCAGGCGGGGCUGCACGCAAACGUGCGAACUUUCCCGAGGGCUCAACACGCGUCGAUCGUCGUCCCAAAGCAAUUGUUGUCACCGGCUUUGCGGCAGAGGAGGCGGACUUUGUACUGGGCCACUUUAAGCAUUUCGGUGAGAUAUCGAAACAUGAUGUGGACCGUGAAAUUCCGCAAUUGAUACUCUCUUAUGCGACGCGUUUGAACGCCGAGCAAGCCGUGCUACGUGGCAAGAUGUACAAAGACAAACGCCUGCAGAUAUCAUGGGCACCUGUAAUAACACCAUUGCCAGCAGUGCCUAUGGGCGCUCCGGCUGAACGUUCGCCUGUGGUGGUUACAGCCGGCGACAAGACAGACAAUCCCAAGCAGCUGCUGCAGUCGGUUAGUGAAAGCGAGUCACUGUUGGGUAGCGAUACACUGCCGGAGCUACGCCUGGAGGAUGAAGAGGAGGAUGAGGAGUCUGAGGAUCGUUCCUGGCGUCGUUGAUGUUUAGCCAACCAGCGCUCCUUCUAGGCAAACUCACUCUGGCUAAUAUACUUGCUAGGAACGAAACGCAUUCUUCUGUAUUUUCUAUUGUUGUUAUUAUAUAUAUCUUAAAGUGCAACGGAUACAUUGAUUAGUGUAUGCCACAGCAUUAGUUAACAUCGUUAAUUGUGUAUACACAAUCAAACAAACCCAAAACAAACUAAAAUGAGGAAAAAUAUGUACAAUAUUUUUAAAAAUGUAAAGGAAACACAAAUACACUGAACAUUUGCAACUGUUGGUAGCUCCUCGUCUAAUACUA